AUGCAGGAGAUCGACUGGUUCUCCAGGGUUCCCACGCUCGCCGUCUGGGGAGGAGUUGGAGGUGUUGCUCUCGUUUACUUCACCGACUGGAGGCUCAUCUUGGACUACGUUCCCUACAUCAACGGAAAGUUCAAGAAGGAUGAUUAGACGAAGGUCAGUCCUGCAGGAGUUUAGAUGUGUUGAAGAUGGAGAUGUUUGUCACUGUUGGAGAUGAAGACAACAUGCAUCCAUCAAUCCAUCUUUCCCUCGUGAUUGUUUUUCAGUGUGGCUUGUACUCAUGAAAAGAGUAAAGUCCCACGAUCAAAAUCUAAUGGUUAUAAAGCUGUAAGUCCGGGAUGUUUUCUAUGUUUCUAUAAUAAAGCUUCAUCAUUUGUUUCCACUGAAUCCACUGAACGUCAUCGUGGACCUGAACUCUGCUUUUUAAUUCUGUCGAGAUCUCCUCCUCAUCUGUGGGUUACUGGUGAUGCUUGUUAAUAAAUCAAAGAAAAUGA